AGUAGAUCUCUUUCCUCCUCAGAUUUUUCAAACCAACUGAAUAAACUAAUUAAGUUGGUUCUUUUUUACUUUGAGGAAAUUAAGGAUUUUCAUUUUCCAACACAUGGGCUGCUUGAACUUUGUCAAAGAUGGCGUAAUCAAGCUUCCUCCUGGUUUCCGAUUUCAGCCGACGGAUGAAGAGAUUGUCUUCCAAUACUUAUUGAGGAAAACAUUUUCGUGCCCUUUGCCAGCUUCCAUCAUCCCUGAACUCAAUAUCUCCAAGCAUAACCCUUGGGAUUUGCCAGGUGAUCAAGAUCAGUCUAGAUAUUUCUUCUACAACAAGGAAGCGAUAUACCGAGCCGGUAAUCGGAUAAAUAGGGUGACUGAAGCUGGUUACUGGAAGACGACCGGCGUCGAGAAGCAAAUAGUGUCUUCUAAAAGGAAACCACUCGUUGGAUUAAGGAAGACUUUAGUGUUCUAUGUUGGGAAAGCUCAACGUGGGAUUAGAACUGAUUGGAUUAUGCACGAAUAUCGUAUCAUCCUCACUGGAAAAGCAGCAGCUUCUUGUGCUCGACCAAUUAAAACAAAAUUUCUCCAUCAGAGGCCUUCGAUUCAAUUGGGCAAUUGGGCUUUAUGCCACAUUUUUUUAAGAAAAGGAAGCCUCAACAACGAAGUGCGUGAAAUUGUACGGUAUCAUUGCAAUACAUGCAACAUUUUUGGUGAUCGGAAUAUUGGGAAAUUUGGCCCGCGGCCGGAGGCCAGAACAUUAGAUAUUAGUAGUUGUGAAAUAGGGUCAAUUAGCUCAUCCUCUGAUUCAAGUGUUGUGACUGAUGAUGAUGAUGAUGCUGCUUGUAGCCACAAUGUAUAAGUUCCCAUUCACGAUUUUUAUGUCACAAUUUGAAGAUCACUAAUACUCCCUCCCGUCCUUAUUAUAAACAUUUUAAUUUUAUCUUAUAGUUCAUUUAGUAUGUCUUUUUAAUUAAAAAAAUAUUAAAAAUAUAUUUUAACAUUCAUUCUGUUCUUCUAAUAAUUAAGAAAUAUUUUUAAGAUUUUUAUUUCAAUUAAAAAAACAUUCUUCUAAAACAAAAUCAAAAUACCUUACAAUAAGGACGGGAUUGAGUAUUAUUUAUAGACUGGGUAACUCAGGACCGUGGAACCAUUGUUCUUCAAAGGAUCCUAAAGUUAGCCUUUUGUAACGAGAAUCAACAAGUUAACAAAAAUUGGGCCUUCCUCUUAUCAUUUCGUUCGGUACUCCUCGGCAGUUACCACCUCGAAAGAUGUAGUGAAUGCAUUAAAAAUUAAGAUCAUAUAUAUAUGUCCAUACGUC